UUUGAGUCUCCACGCUUAGUGAGCUCUCGCUCCCGAAGCUGGCAUAUUUUUUUUCUCAGUUCGCGCGAAAACUGAAAAUCCUCUUUGAAAAUCAAUGAGAACGGGUUCUCCUAGAACCAAGUCGAGACUCCUGAGGAACGAGUUCGAGAGCAGAAGAAGCAAAUGGAUCCGAUUGAGGCGGCGAAUGGAUUGUCGUUCCGGGUCGGUUUCACUGGACACAGCGGCCACCUCAGGGUCGAGCCUCUCUCGACCGUUGAGCGCAGUAACCCGCUCAAAUCGGUCCCCGAUUUCAUCUCACCACCUGCUUUUGCCGAGGAAACUCCUGAAUCAAUAAAGGAGUAUAUAGAGGAGAACUACCUAAUGCCCACCCUGGAUGUUGAUGAGUUUUCGCCGGAAAAGGCUGGAAAGCAUUGGGACUUUAACUGGUUUGAUGAGGCAAAUGUACCGUUAGACCCAUCAUUACCAAGAUCUGUUAUGGUGCCUGUGUGGGAGUUGCCCUUUAGACGCCAAAAGAGCAAAUCAGGAGUAUGGGAGCCUAAAUCUGUGGAGGUGGAUGUAUCAGAGCUAAUGGUGGAUGCUCAAGAUUCUGGUUCAUUACCACGAAUGGCUGGGCCCACAAAAGACAUUUUGCGGGGAAGCAUCAACAAACGUCCCUUCCGUCCAGGUGGUCUGGAUGAUGCCCAAUCUCUGGAGAGGAUUGUACCGGAUGGUGCUUCUAGCGGUGAAUGGGUAUGGGAAUUGUUGAAUGGGGGUUCUCCACAGGUCACUCCUCCUAGCUUCAAGCAUGGCGUGGUUCUUGGGGAUCUCCAGGCUUUCCCAUGCUCAUGGAAUGUGUCCAAGGACUGGAAUUCUGUCAAGAGCUUGUCAGACGAAAAGGUGGCGGAGCUCUCUGUACAGUUUGAUGACUUGUUCAAGAAAGCUUGGGAAGAGGGAACUCUUGCAGAUUAUGCGACUGAAGGUCGUAUGUCAGAAUCAGAGUCCCUUGCCCCAGAAGCUGAAUCUAGCAUUGUUGACAAAGCUAGCAGGGUGGGAGAAGAUGAACUACCCAUGCUAGAUGAAAUUUUGUCUGUUGAACCAGGAAUAUCGACCUCUCAACCAGAUGCAGUGAAGAACAACGAUGGACAACAGCAGGAGGUCUGGGCUGUUAGAGCAGACAAUGAUGGGAUUGCUGAUCACUUUCAUGAACUUAUACCCGACAUGGCCCUCGAUUUUCCAUUUGAGUUGGAUAAGUUCCAAAAGGAGGCUAUAUAUUAUCUUGAAAAGGGAGACUCAGUUUUCGUGUCGGCUCACACAUCCGCUGGAAAGACGGUCGUUGCAGAAUAUGCAUUUGCUUUGGCUUCAAAGCAUUGUACCAGAGCAGUUUACACAGCUCCUAUUAAGACUAUCAGCAAUCAAAAGUACAGAGAUUUCUUUGGGAAGUUUGAUGUUGGACUUCUUACUGGCGAUGUCAGCUUAAGGCCAGAGGCAUCCUGUCUGAUAAUGACUACUGAAAUUUUAAGGUCAAUGCUCUAUCGAGGCGCCGAUAUCAUUCGUGAUAUUGAGUGGGUUAUAUUCGAUGAAGUGCAUUAUGUCAAUGAUGUUGAAAGAGGGGUUGUUUGGGAAGAAGUAAUUAUUAUGCUACCGAGACAUGUCAAUAUCAUUCUUCUCUCAGCCACGGUUCCUAACACAAUGGAGUUUGCAGACUGGAUUGGCCGGACUAAGCGGAAAAAAAUUCGUGUGACUGGGACCACUGAAAGACCAGUCCCUUUAGAGCAUUGCUUAUUUUACUCUGGAGAACUUUACAGAGUAUGUGAAAGUGAAAAAUUUAUUUCCCAGGGACUGAAAUCUGCAAGAGACGCUUUUAAGAAAAAAAGUUCACUUUCACAUGGAGGUUCUAGUGGAUCAUAUGCUGGGCAUUCAUCGAAUCAUGAAGGGGUUCGAGGUGAGAAACGUGAAAACUUCAGCCGAGGGAAGCAGAACAAGCAUUCUAGCUCCCAACAUCUGGGGAAACAUACUGGAAGUGGAGGGGGUUUUCAGAGCAAUGGCAGCAGUCAAAACAACUGGGGUGCGAGAAGAUCAGAAGCUUCCGUGUGGCUGCAGCUUAUUAACAAGCUCUCUAAUAAAUCACUCUUACCUGUGGUUAUUUUUUGCUUCUCUAAGAAUCGUUGUGACAAGUCAGCUGAUAGCAUAUCAGGAACAGACCUCACAAGCAGCUCUGAAAAAAGUGAGAUUCGCGUUUUCUGUGACAAAGCAUUCUCACGGCUAAAGGGAUCUGACAGGAGCUUACCACAGAUUGUUGGAGUUCAGAGCCUUCUUCACAGAGGAAUCGGUGUGCAUCAUGCUGGGUUGCUUCCAAUUGUUAAGGAAGUUGUUGAAAUGCUUUUUUGCCGUGGUGUAAUCAAGGUUCUGUUCUCAACUGAGACAUUUGCAAUGGGAGUCAACGCCCCAGCAAGAACGGUUGUUUUUGAUACAUUGAGGAAGUUUGAUGGAAAGGAAUUCAGACAAUUGCUUCCUGGUGAAUACACUCAGAUGGCUGGUCGUGCGGGCAGAAGAGGACUUGAUAAAAUUGGUACAGUUAUUGUAAUGUGUCGUGACGAGAUCCCAGAGGAGAGCGAUUUGAAGCUUGUUAUCGUGGGAAAUGCCACCAAGCUGGAAUCACAGUUUCGCCUGACCUAUAUUAUGAUUCUGCAUCUCCUGCGAGUUGAAGAGUUGAAGGUGGAGGAUAUGCUAAAAAGAAGUUUUGCUGAAUUUCAUGCUCAGAAAAAAUUGCCGGAAAACCAACAGCUUCUAAUGAGAAAGCUUACUCAGCCUGUAAAAUCUAUAGAGUGUAUAAAAGGUGAACCGGCAAUUGAGGAAUACUAUGAUAUGCACUUAGAAGCAGAGAAGCGUCACACACAGAUUUAUGAAACUGUCAUGAACUCCUCAGUUGCCCAAUCACAUCUUAUACCUGGAAGGGUGGUAGUUGUCAAAUCGCAAUCGGCUCAGGACCACUUACUUGGAGCUAUUGUCAGAGCAGUAUCUGGGAAAAAACAAUAUAUAGUUUUACUUCUGAAACCUAACUCUCCAUCAGCCACACAGGGUUCUCCAAGUAGCAAGAGCAUCGGAGGAGACAAAGCAGUUAAUUUUGCACCAGGUUCUUUUCUGUUGCCAAAAUCAAAACGUACUUUCGAUGAUGAAUAUUGUUCGGUUUCUACUUCUCGCAAAGGAUCAGGUAGCAUCAAAAUAACAUUGCCGCAUUAUGGUAAUGCUGCUGGGAUGGCUUAUGAGGUGAGGGAAGUUGAUGUAAAAGAAUUUUUAUGCAUCUGCAAUGGCAAGAUAAAGAUAGACCAGGUUCGACUUCUUGAAGACUGUAGCACCGGUGCUUACUCCAACACAGUUCAACAGCUUUUGGCUCUGAAAUCUGAUGGGCUUAAGUACCCUCCGGCGCUAGAUCCAGUGAAAGACUUAAAGUUGCGAGAUUUGGAGCAUGUGGAGAUCUAUCGCAGAUGGAAUUCCCUGAUGCAGGACAUGGCGAAGAAUAAGUGUCAUGGGUGUAUCAAACUGGAGGAGCAUAUGAAGUUGGCAAAAGAAAUAAAGGGGCAUAAAGAAGAGGUUAAUGCUCUUAAGUUUCAAAUGUCUGAUGAAGCACUUCAACAGAUGCCAGAGUUUCAGGGCCGGAUAGAUGUUCUGAGAGAAAUUGGAUGCAUUGAUGCUGACCUUGUUGUUCAAAUAAAAGGCCGCGUAGCCUGUGAGAUGAAUUCUGGGGAGGAGUUGAUAUGCACAGAGUGUCUGUUUGAGAAUCAGCUAGAUGACUUGGAACCAGAGGAAGCAGUGGCUUUAAUGUCUGCCUUUGUGUUCCAGCAGAGAAAAACUUCUGAACCUUCUCUUACCCCCAAGCUGUCUCAUGCUAAGCAAAGGUUAUAUGAAACAGCAAUAAGACUUGGUGAGCUCCAAGCCGAAUGCAACCUGCAGAUAAACCCUGAGGAAUAUGCUCGAGAAAAUCUAAAGUUUGGUCUGCUUGAAGUGGUUUAUGAAUGGGCAAAGGGCACUCCAUUUGCUGAUAUUUGUGAGCUCACUGAUGUUCCCGAAGGCCUUAUAGUGCGAACCAUAGUCAGACUGGAUGAGACAUGUCGGGAAUUCAAAAAUGCAGCAUCGAUAAUGGGUAAUUCUGCAUUAUACAAGAAAAUGGAAUCAGCUUCCAAUGCCAUAAAGCGUGAUAUCGUCUUUGCUGCUAGCUUGUAUAUAACUGGAGUCUGAUGUACCUUGUGGGAAG